AUAACUCACUUCACCAGCAUGAAAAUCUUUGUCGCUUUGGCCGUUUUGGCCGUGGCCGUGAGCGCCCAGCGCGGAGGCUCCGAGCGGGACGCCCCCAUCCUGAAGCAGGAGCAAGAGGUGAACUUCGACGGCAGCUACCACUCCUCGUACGAGACCGGCAAUGGGAUCGCGGCCCAGGAGCAAGGGCAGCUGAAAAAUGCCGGAAACCCGGAGGCCGAAGCUGAGGAAGUUCAAGGCUCGUUCCAGUACACGGCUCCUGAUGGCACUCCCAUCGUUUUGCAAUACAUUGCCAACGAAUACGGAUUCCAGCCACAAGGGGCCCAUUUGCCCGUCGCCCCCACCCCACCGCCCAUCCCGCCGGCGAUCCAGAGGGCUCUGGAUUACAUCGCCGCCCAUCCAGCGCCGCCAGAACCCUUGCAAGGCACAAGGAGGUUCUAGGUUGUGAUCGUUGUUGAUUCGUUGCGUUUUUGUAAAUAUAAAUAAGUACCUACCCUGUAAGCAUAAGUCUAGCAAUAAAUGGCAGUGUCAAAAGACACCAAUUUGUCUUUUUUUUGAAUAUUUAAAGAAAUAUUCCACACAGUUAUGAAAUUCAUUUACUUUCGCUUUUCUCUGAAUUUAUUCAUCGUUUCACCAUCUUCAAUGGCGUCCGGUAUUCUAAUAAAGCUCGAUUCUGACUUUUUGACCUUGGAGAUGAAUGAAAAGUUGUACAAUUUAUUAAAAAAAGGUAAAAUAAACUGGUUUUUUAGAAGAAGACACAUUAAAAAUAACGGUUCGUUUAUUACUUUUUUACUUUUUUUACAACUGAAUUGUUCUAAAUUUAUAAAUGUCUACUAAUGAAUAAAAUUUAAGACAUUA